GCAGGAGGAGGAGAAAGGCGAUGGAUUUGAUUCUUAUGAGGAAUGAAUGAAAGGACCCACUGUUCAUAUCACCACACCAUUAUUUAUUAGAACUGAAGCCCAGCAGAAGAAAAAGCAAUCUGAUCUCUUCUGAGGUUCAGCGUUUUUAUGGUCAGACAUAUAAGCAAACUCUUUCGUACAGUGCCUGUUUACAGCAGGAUGAGCGUCAGACGGCUAUGAUGGCAAAAAAGCAAGAUGCACGAUCGCCCAUCUACAACCUCAUUGUGUUGGGUUUGUCGGGAACAGAAAAGGAGAAGGGGCAGUGUGGGGUUGGAAAAUCCUGCUUGUGUAAUAGGUUUGUACGACCGAGUGCCGAUGAUUUCUACCUGGAUCAUACAUCAGUGUUGAGCACCAGUGACUUUGGGGGUCGAGUGGUUAACAAUGAUCACUUUCUGUUUUGGGGAGAGUUGUCUCGGGUCCUGGAGGAGGGGCCUGAAUGCAGGAUGCAUGUUGUGGAGCAGACUGAAUUUAUUGAUGACCAGACGUUUCAGCCACACCGUAGCACUGCUAUGCAGCCCUAUAUCAAACGAGCAGCUGCAACCAAGCUGGCCUCUGCGGAGAAGCUCAUGUACUUCUGCACAGAUCAGCUUGGUUUGGAGCAAGACUUUGAGCAAAAGCAAAUGCCAGAGGGCAAGCUGCAGGUUGAUGGCUUCCUGCUUUGUGUUGAUGUAAGCCGAGGCAUGAAUCGUAACUUUGAUGACCAGCUGAAAUUUGUCUCAAACAUUUACAGUCAGCUUAGCAAGACUAAAAAGCCCAUUGUGCUGGUGCUAACCAAAUGCGAUGAAGGGGUUGAACGUUACAUCAAAGAUGCACAUACUUUUGCUAUAACGAAGAAAAGCCUGCCGGUUGUUGAGACUUCGGCACGCUCAAAUAUAAAUGUGGAUCUUGCUUUCCUCACCUUGGUUCAGCUUAUUGACAAGAGCAGGGGUAAGCCCAAGAUCAUUCCCUAUUUUGAAGCCCUAAAACUCCAGAGUCAGCAGAUAGCCUCCGCCAAGGAUCGCUAUGAAUGGCUAAUUAACCGUAUAGUAAAGAAUCACAAUGAAACUUGGUUAAACGCCAGCCGACGAAUGAACACCUCACCAGAAUACAAAGAGUAUGUGUUCUUGGAAGGAACAGCUAAAUGCAAAAAGCUUUUUCAACAGCAUGUUUACCGUCUGAAGCAAGAGCAUAUCGAGAGGCGCAGAAAAAUAUACUUAAGCACUCUCCCUUUAGCACUUAGUUCUUUGGUACCAGACCUUGAUGAGAUUGAUCAGUUGAGCUGGUCUGGGGUGCAGAAAGUGCUAGAGUCCAAGCAACAUUUUGCUCACUGGUUUGUGGUUCUGGAGGAUUCACCAUGGGAGGACACGUCUCAUAUUGAUAACAUGGAGGAUGAGCGAAUCCCCUCAGACCUACUCGAGACAGCCGAAGCGGAGGACAUAUUUAACGCCCAUCUUGAACAUCUUCGGAAUGAGUGUAGGCGUGCAGAGAUACGACAGGAGUUCAAGCACAAGUUGGCUUCCUCUCCCUUUGUCACACCUGGUAAACCUUGGGAGGAGGCCCGUAGCUUCAUCAUGAAUGAAGAAUUCUAUCAGUGGCUUGAGGAGUCUGAGUACUUGGACCUGUACAACCGCCAUCAAAAAGAGAUUAUUGACCGUGCUAAAGAAGACUUCCAGGAGCUUUUGCUUGAGUACUCUGAGCUGUUUUACGAACUUGAAGUAGACGCCAAGCCAAGCAAGGAGAAGAUGGGGGCAAUCCAGGAGGUUCUGGGUGAGGAACCAAGGUUUAAGACCCUACAAAAACUUCCUGCAGAAAGAGAUGCUCUUGUAUUGAAACAUAUUCACUUUGUCUAUCACCCCACCAAGGAAACCUGCCCUAGUAGCCCUCAUUGUGGAGACUACAAGAUUGAGCAACUCCUAGCUUCACGUUUCCCCACAUGUUACCCCUUCUUUGAUGUAAAAGCUCAUUUUGGGGACACCAAAGCUGACAGGAUUAACCUUGUCAUACUAGGGAAAGAUGGGCUGGCCAGAGAAUUUGCCAAUGAGAUUAGAGCUCUCUGCACAAAUGAUGACUGGUAUGUGUUAGAUGGGAAGAUGUACGAGUUGACACUGCGGCCUAUUGAGGGCAAUGUGCGUCUUCCAGUAAAUUCCUUCCACACCCCCACUUUCACCCCCCAUGGAUGUCUAUGUCUGUAUAAUUCAAAAGAGUCCCUGUCCUAUGUGGUGGAAAGCCUUGAGCGACUUAGGGAAUCAACUCUAGGGCGAAGGGAUAGCCAGCUGGCACAACUGCCUACAUUUCUUCUUUUAGUCACUAAACGAGGUGUAGGGUCCUAUGUUGAUAUAGGUGGAGACACUGCCUUAAACCUAAUAACACAGGGACAGCAGUUUGCACGGCGACUACAGUGUAGCUUUUUAGACCCUGCCUCCCCUGGUGUGGGCUAUGGUCACAAUGUAAAUGAGACACAAAUUAACCAGGUGCUGAGGGGUCUUCUAGAUGUAAGGAGGAGCUCAUCUUUUAGUAGCAGCUCCCCACCUCUCCUCCCUGAGCCUCCUGGUCUCAGAGACUCUCCUCAUCAGCCAGUCCAAGAAGCAGACCUACGCAUCGUCAUGUGCGUAAUGUGUGGAGAUCCCUAUGACAUUGAGCAGCUCCUGUCACCAUUUCUAAUGCCUCAGCACUGCAGGCCUAUGUCUAAUAGCGGUACCUCUGUGUUGCUGGAGCAGACAGUGGGUGGACACAAGCUGGCUAUAGAGCUCUCUCUGCUUUCAUAUCAUGCCUCCUUCACUUUGCGGAAGAGCAGGUUAGUACACGGCUAUAUUGCUGUGUACUCAGUCACCCGAAAAGCCUCCCUGGAGACGCUGUGUGCGUUCUUGUGUGAGGUUCAAGACAUCAUCCCCAUUCAGCUAUUGGCAGUAGGAGAUAGCCAGGCUGAGCUCACAGACAGCGACUUUGCCUGUGAACAGCAGAUUCAAGGGGAGGAGCUAGCUCAUGAGAUCGAGGGUCGUUUUAAUAGUGUGGUUUGCGGAUCUGGAGGAGUGGUGGGAGGCUUGCAUAGGGUAGAAAUGUUUCAUUCAUUUCUGAUGGAGGUGGUGGAGAAACGUAACAUUGUGGAGGCAACACACAUGUAUGAUAAUGUUGCUGAAGCAUGCACCAAUGAAAAUGUAUACUCCCCACGCUGCAUAUCUCCCAGCCCUGUUACCUUGUAUGUGGACUCGGAGGAUGACGUAGAGCCAUCUCCACCUUACUAUGAUGGCACUCUCUCCUCUCAUUCUGGGGGUUUCAACUUGCCUGACUUGGAUUCCAGCGAUAUCUCUGUCAUCUCUGACAUCAGAGACUUUGAAAACAAGCUCAACAACAAAAUAUCCCCUCAAGUGAGAGUUAAACCAGGUGUCACAUUUGACUUUCGGAAAGUUAGCCGUAACCCAUACAUUGAUACACUGGGUCAUCGUCGCUCCCUGCCCUCUGCCGUUACCUGGGUCCCUGGUGGGGAUGUUGGCUAUGACCCCUCAGACUAUGCCGAACCCAUUGAUGCAGUUUCAAAACCUCGCCCUAGCAAUGAAGAAAUCAUCUACUCAGUUCCACACGACAGCACACAAGGCAAAAUCAUAACAAUACGCAACUCCAACCGGAUGCAUUCAAAUGGAAAUGGCUCAGACAGCGAAGCAGACAACAGCUCUCUGGAACGAAGGAGGAAGUUCUCUGCAAUCGGGGUAAAGCCCCGUCUGUACCGGGAUCGCUCAAAACGGCUCGGCAAGUUCAGCAGCUUCCGCACAAGCUUCAUCGGCAGUGACGAUGAAAUGGGAGCUCUGUCAAAGUCCAAAGAAGAUGACUUUGGUACCUUAAAAGGUGACAGUCUUGUUAAUGAGGAGAGUGAAGACCCAAAGAAGAGGAACAUUCUCAAGAGUCUCAGACGGACAGCCAAGAAAACAAGACCAAAGCAUCGUCCAAGUAUCCCUAAACCCAUAGAGAGCAUGUAUUUUGGAGUCCCCCUGGUGAAUGUGGUCUCCCCAGACAGGCCUAUUCCACUUUUCAUUGAGAAGUGUGUCCGCUUUAUAGAAACAACAGGCCUGAACACUGAGGGUUUGUAUCGUGUAAGCGGCAACAAGUCUGAAAUGGAAAGCAUGCAGAAGCAGUUUGAACAGGACCACGGAUUAGACCUGGUGGAGAAAGACUUCUCCAUAAACACUGUGGCUGGAGCUCUCAAAAGCUUCUUCUCCGAGCUGCCUGAGCCCCUGGUGCCUUGUGCUCUGCAGGUGGACCUAUUGGACGCUUUCAAAAUCAUGGACAGAGAACAGAGGCUUUACACCAUGAAGGAUGUCCUGAGGAAGUUCUCCAAGGAGAAUUAUGAUGUCUUCAGAUAUGUCGUGAGCCACUUACACAAGGUGAGCCAGUUUAACAGGGUGAACCUGAUGACCAGUGAAAACCUGUCCAUCUGUUUCUGGCCCACCCUCAUGAGGCCCGACUUCUCCACCAUGGACGCCCUGACGGCCACGCGCACCUACCAGACAAUCAUUGAGACGUUCAUCCACCAGUGCGCGUUCUUCUUCUACAACCAGCCCCUUCUGGACUCCCCCACGGGCCUCCCCGCCUCGCCCACCACCACCCUUGGCGGAGGCUCCGCGUACUCCUGCUACCGCUCAUCGCCCCCACACACCGCGGCCCACUUCAGCCCUCUGCAACAGUCUCCGCCCACCACACCACAGUCGCCUCUGCAGUCUCUGCUCCCUCCCCUCCACCAGCACCCCCACUCCCACCAUUCUCCUGCUGAACAAGAGACACUGUGAGAGACAAUGAAACCACGUGUGCCCAUGAUGAUGCUGGACCUUAUCACUAACACACACACAUAAAAGAAGAAAAAAACACUUACACCGCUUUGUUUUGAUCAUGGACAACCUGGAUUAUGAAGACGGGAGAUGGAACGAGUGGAAGAAGAUAAAAAAACUGCUGUUUGUUGGUGUAGUUGGGUGAAACGUGGCAGGCUCCGAGUGUCCGUCAACAACCACCUCUUAUACUCCACUACCAAGAAAUAGACACCUCCAACUCAAGCUGAAAGAGAUGAUUUGUGGCCACCAUGUUUUUAAUAUGUUUAAAACUUUAUGUUUGAAAGUAUUGCCACUGGAUUCAUGGACCGGUCCUCUGCAGGUCCUUCGGGCAGCAGUUUUGCUGCAUCGUAGCAGAGGUUCCUCUGUGUCCAAGGAAGGAAGCGCGGUGGGAUCACAUCCAGGGAUGCACUUUAAUUAUCACAUUAUUAUAAUUUUUUUAUAAAUACUGCUUUCGUGUGUUUUUAUUUUCUCAGCUGAAACAGCCAUACCCAUCGCCUCGACAAACUUUCAGGCAGAAUCUGAAUUUGUUUACAUCAAAACUUUUUUUUUUUUUUCCACAAACAUAUCUGAAGCACUUUUUUGAUAGUGUAGUGUUAAAUAUGAAGAAAUGCCACAUCGAUUAAUGGUCCAUGCUGUUUGUUCAGUGGCUGAAUGUGACACGAGCGCAGAUUUGUUUUAACGAGAUCCUUCUUUUUUUGUAUUUAAAAAAAACGACGAAAAUUUUCCAUCUGUUAAUCGGAUC